AUGCAGAUUACCGCUGUUCUUUUCGCUGCACUCGCCACGCUUGCUGCUGCAAAUCCCCUCCCCACCAAAACGCUCGUUGUACGAGCAGAAAUUGUUCCUGUGACGUGUCCUACAGUCAACAACGCUGCUGAAGCGAAGUAUACAGUGAAGGAGAUCACGGAUGCCUACAAUAUUGCCGUGGGGCUCUUACAGCCACCACCUCACUUAGCCACAGGUAAACCGAACAGAGAAGGAGUUCGCAAAGCAUACCCGGCGUAUUACGGCAACUACCAGAUGAUCCCUGUGCCAGAUGACUGCAACGUGCCCGAUCUCUUAGAUCUCAGGGAGUUCCCCAUCUUGCGCGGCAAAGUUCCAUUCGGGGAUGACUCCAAUGCAGGGCCAGAUCGAGUUAUCUUCGCUCGUAGGAAUAAUAACCAGUUCACGUACUGCUUCACUGUCUACCAUCAAGACAACGCAGAUGGCCAAGGCAGUGGAGAUUUUGCCCAGUGCACCUAG